CGCUAAUACAUGACGGCCAUGGCAUCAUCCGCCAUUACUGAUUACCUUUUCCUAAUAUUGAAAUCGGAAUGGUAACAUAGUUUCCUACUAUUUUUUUAAAUAUUGUCACUGUGUCUCAGGCCUGUUAUCUUCUUAUUUGUGUUUAUUACUUAUUUUUAUUUCUUUUUAAAUUUCUACUAUUUUUUAACAUUAAAUUUGUGAUAAAAAAAUUGUGACUCACAUAAUUUCGUACUUCAAGUAAUUUUAAUCUUUAAACAGUGUAAACUAUGGAACAUAAAAAAUAUCGUAUAAAUCAUAAAUGCUCCAAAUGUGGAGUUACGGCUGACACGAAUCCUACAUUGACUUUUCAUAGGUUUCCAAUAGGAGAAAAGUCAAGUUCCCUCUUACAGUUACAAGUAUGGGCUGAAUACUGUUUCCCAGAUCAAGACUGGUCUUCAACAGACAAACUUCAAACGUUAUGGAGGGAACAUAAAAUGUUGUGCUCUAAACACUUUGAUAGUUCCUCCUUUACUGAUCGUUUUAGAAAAAGAUUAAAGUCUUUUGCAGUACCUACUAAUGCAAAAAAUAUACUACAGAAAUUACGGAAAGAUAAGGCAAAAGCUUCACCAUAUCCCUACAGACCAUUGCGCAGAAGCUGUGAAAUAUGUGGCUGUAGAUCAAUGGGCAGAGAUGGUAAAAAAUUGAAUUUUAUGGCUCGGUUUCCUAUAGAUGAAGUUAGGUGUAAGCAGUGGGUAAAAAUGACGGGAAAAGAAGAUUUAGCAUAUUUACCCAUAGAGAAAUUGCACCAAUUAAAAUUUUUAUGUGGCAUGCAUUUCGAUAGGAAAUAUUUCACAAAAAUGAAAAUGCGUCUAAAAAGGAACGCAGUACCUUCUAUAAAUCUAUCAGCUCCGCCACUACCAGAUUCGAUUUUAUCAGAUUUUCCAUGCCAUAUUUAUUCCAAGUCUUCAAAUUCUAAACAAGAUCUUAAAUCAAAAGUUUCUUUAUUAUCAAUGGAACAAAAGAAAGGCUGUAAGAGAAGAAUACCUUUGUUGCAAAUUAAAAGCAUUUUUAAAGGAGAAGUAUCAAAAGGAAAAACAAAUUCACGUGAACACAGUUAUUGUACUGUGCAAGCGAGCGUUUCCGAUGAACCAAAUAUAUCAACUGUAAAUCAAGAUUCAGACAAUGCUGUCGAUCAAGAAGUUCUUGAAGAAGAAUAUUUAAGUGAUAUGGAUAAAUAUGAACAAAGUUUCGAUGGCACUGAAGUGAACACAGAUAAAUCACACACUGAUGCAGCGUUAUUCUCCUGGCAGAAGAAGGCUCCAAUAGUAUGCGAUGAAGAUGUAUGUGAUCCAGAUGGCUGGGAUACUUAUGAAGACCUUUCGAUGUAUAACGACGAUAGUCCAAACGCAGAUGAAGAAAAUAAUCAACAUGUAGAAAGUAAUGUGCCACAGAUGCAUGAAGGGUACACAUGCAAUGGUUGCGAGGGAACAAUAUCGGGGUUCAGAUACACAUGCGUGCAGUGCGAGGACUACGACCUGUGCGAGGCGUGCGAGGCGAGACACCUACAUAUGCAGCAUUACAUGCUGCGGGUGCCGGGCCCCAGGCCGCAGGGAGAAGUAAAAUUAAUAAUAAACACAAUCAAGAGGACAUUAAACGAGUCGACCGUUGAAGUGAAGGAUGAAUUAAUAACAAACAUAAAAGAAGAAGUGGACGAGGCAUUUGAUGAGACCCUUAUUGAGACACUCGAUGAGUCGUUCGAUGAGGCAUUUGAUGAGAGGGACCCUCUGGAAGGUGCGACGGCGCGGUCGGUUGCCUCGUUCCGUUCGCAACAGUCACGAAUGGACUACACGGACAUUGAAACCAUCGACGAUGACGCACUAACGGAUAACGGAACGAAAUGGAAACAGAAAGAGUAUGGAGAAACUGGUGUAACAGACAGUAAGAAGAAUCUAGAAGAUUUAUGGUCAGAUGAGGAACCAGAUAUAUUUGACAUUGAAAAAGGAAAGAGUAAACCUAGCACAAGGAAAGUCAAACGAGUCACCCUAAAUAGUAUUAGUUCUAAUAACAGUUCUAAUUCCACACCAAAAACUGGCCAUAAAGUUAUUAAGAUCAAAUGUUACAAACCAAAUAUUUCAAAGGAAAAUGUAAAUAAAUGCUUUGUAAUUGUCAAUGAUAUUCUUCGAGCAGAGGACGGUAACAAGAUUUGUACUUUAAAAAUUAAAAAUAUUAAAACUAUAAACAGUGAUCGGAAUAAAUUACACAAAAAUGUUACACCCUUUAGUAACAGUUCUAAAUUUAAAAAUAAUGUUACUACCAGUAGUCAGAGUAGUCCAAAGAGUGUUACUGCAAAUAUUGAAAAUAAUAGUCAGAAACGUCAAAAAAAUGUUACAACCAGAACUGUGGAUGAUAGUCAGAGUACUGAACAAAGUGUUACGGCUAGCCGUAGUAAAGAGUAAAAAAUGAAACAAUCGAUUCAAAAGUCAUUACUGCAUAAAAAUGUCACUACCAGACCUUUUAGCAAUCGGAGUUCUCCAGAAAAUGUUACUGAUAAUAGUGAAAAUAGUAGUCUAUAGAAUUAUGGAUAAUAGAAUUCUAUAGAAAAUGUUACAUGCAGUAACAUUUUCUAAAGAAUUCUAUUAUCUAGCUAAGCUCUCUAAGCUGCAUUAAACAGCAUCUAAAAUUACUCAAAGACAUUACUCAAAGCCUUUCAAUCCCAAAUUGAUUAGAGUUUGUCUUGUGAGUACUAAACAACUGGUAGAUAUAAUAUUUUUUGUAAAUAAUGUAAAAAAACAACACUAAAAUGUUAAAGUUUGUAGUGUCCGAGUUUUUGGCUUGCAACAAGUGGAAGGUAAAACAAUGUAAAACCAAUAAAUAACUACCAAAUUUAUUUAGAGUUUAAAAAAUUGUUACUACUACCAGUAUGUAGUAGGUAAAAUUGUAUUCAGAAUCAUCAAUAGUGUGAUAUAGCAGUCAUUGUUAAUGAAUAUGAAGUGAAAUAUAUUGAUGAAUAUAAAAUUAAAUAUUUUAUUUAUAUGGCCCAGUAUUAUGAGGCAUUCAAAGGUUGAUCAGACUUAGAAUUUGAUAAGUCAAAGGGCAAAAAAUAAACAAUUUGUCUUAUAAGAUUUACUUUUAUCGAAGGCAAAGCUCGCAGAAAUGGUUUCAAUGUCAAAAUCGAUCAUUUUCAAUGUUAGUAUCUUGAACCUAGUCCUUGUAAGUUACAUUCUGUGAAUGCGCUUAAACGGAGAAGUGAUAUCAAAUAUUUUUAUGUUUACUGAAGAGACCAAAACAUACUUCUUUGUUUGUUGUGGCCCAGAUUGUUACCGAUAUUGACUAUUGGAUAAAUCUCAGUGACAUUAAAAAUCAAUGCUGAUACAAGUGUUAUUAUUGGCCAUGAAGCGUAGGUAUUCUAUCGAUUGAUUAUAUAGAUCUAUUAUAGGAUAGUAUAGUAUGUGCUCCAUAUCGAGGUUUUCUCUAAAGACUACUAUAUGGUAUUUUUCAAAAAGGGUGCAUUUAGGUUUCUUCAGGGUCGACAAUGCACACGUGACAUUCCUAGUGUUGGCAUCCAUAGGCUACAGUCACCGUUUACUAUCAGACAGCCUUUAUGCUUGUUUGUCACAUUUGUGGUAUAAAUGAAUACUAUGCUUCCUUAUUGGGAUAGUUAAAUAAAUAAUAAUGAUAAAAAAGGAUUUGAACAACUAUACACACACAACAGUCUAAACUUUGAUGUCUAUGGUUUGGACCAUAGAUCAUAGUCACCAAUAGUAGGCACUGGAAGCUAGUUCUAGCCUAGUAUCCAGUGACUAUUAUUUCGAAGAAGAAAAAUAUGUGAAAAAUUAUUUCUAAUGAACUUUAAGGGUCAUUUUUAUGUAUAUUCAGAAGAGAAUCUUUUUUAAUGUUUCAGUUUCAAAAGUGUAAAUUUAUUAAUUGUAAUAAAAAUUUAUUUCCAUGUAACUAA